GCAUCAACACAUUAUCAUUUCAAAACACAAUAACAAUCUCAUUUACAAAACAACAAAUUUUUUCGUUUUUGUUUCGUUUCUACAACUAAAAAACAGGAUUCUCAACCUGAGAAUCCUAAACCAAAAAAAAGAAAUGAGUCGUCGAAUUAGCGAUGAAAAUAUAAGAAGUGCAACUUCAUCACGUCGAAAUGAGUCAUUACCACAACUUCAUAGUGUUGGAAGGCCUGAAAAAGAGAGUAUUUGGAAGGAAUUUGGGCAUAUCAUCAAGGAGACUUUUUUCCCUGAUGAUCCGUUGAAAAGUUUUAAGGAUCAACCAACUUCAAGAAAGUUGAUCCUUGGUUUACGUGCUGUUUUUCCUAUUUUUGACUGGGGAAGACAGUAUAAUUUUACCAAAUUUAAACAUGACGUUAUUGCUGGAAUUACCAUUGCAAGUCUUUGCAUUCCUCAGGAUAUUGCCUAUGCAAAGCUUGCUUAUCUUUCUCCGGAAUAUGGAUUAUAUAGUAGCUUUGUUCCACCUCUAAUAUAUGCUUUCAUGGGAAGCUCAAGAGAUAUAGCAAUUGGUCCAGUGGCUGUUAUCUCUCUUCUGCUAGGAACCACCCUUCGUCAAGUCAUUGAUCCUGAGACUAAUCCACGUGAAUACACUCAACUUGCUUUAACAGCUACCUUUUUUGCUGGCAUCACGCAGGCAGCACUUGGUUUCUUCAGAUUGGGCUUUUUAGUGGACUUCCUUUCUCAUGCUGCUACGGUUGGGUUUAUGGCUGGUGCUGCCAUUACUAUUGCUCUUCAACAGCUCAAAGGCUUGCUUGGCAUUAAAAAUUUCACGAAAGAGUCUGAUAUUAUCUCAGUUUUGCACUCAGUUUUUGGCCAAGUGCGACAUGGAUGGAACUGGCCAACUAUGUGUAUAGGAAUAUCAUUCUUGGCUUUCAUUUUGUUCACCAAGUAUAUUGGAAAGAGAAACAAGAAAUUGUUUUGGGUCCCUGCAAUGGCUCCCCUGACCUCUGUCAUCUUGUCAACUCUCAUUGUGUUUUUGACGCGUGCAGAUAAAAAGGGUGUUCAAAUUGUGAAACACAUAGAUCAAGGCAUCAACCCUCCAUCUAUUGACAUGAUAUUUUUCACUGGUCCUUACCUAUUGAAAGGGAUUAAAAUUGGUGCCAUUGCUGGUGUGAUUGCACUUACGGAAGCAGUAGCAAUUGGCAGAACAUUUGCAUCCAUAAAAGACUACUCUAUUGAUGGAAACAAAGAAAUGCUUGCUCUAGGAACCAUGAACAUUGUUGGUUCAAUGACCUCUUGUUACGUGGCUACUGGAUCAUUUUCUCGCUCUGCAGUGAAUUUCAUGGCUGGUUGCCACACAGCAGUCUCAAACAUAGUCAUGUCAAUGAUUGUUUUAUUGACAUUGAUGGUUAUCACACCUCUAUUUAAGUUCAUUCCAAAUGCAAUUCUUGCUGCCAUCAUCAUAUCCGCUGUGGUUAACCUUGUUGAUAUUGAGGCCGUAAUUCUCUUAUGGAAGAUUGACAAGUUCGACUUCAUUGCUUGCAUUGGUGCAUUCUUCGGAGUCAUUUUUAUUUCCGUUGAGAUUGGCAUUUUGAUUGCGGUUUGCAUUUCCUUUGCAAAGAUUCUGUUGCAAGUAACUAGGCCGAGAAUAGCACUUCUUGGUAAUCUUCCUGGAACUACAAUCUACAGGAAUAUUCAGCAGUAUCCAGCGGCUUCAACAAUCCCCGGUGUUUUGAUCAUUAGAGUCGAUUCUUCAAUUUAUUUUUCAAAUUCAAACUAUGUGAAGGACAGGACUCUAAGAUGGCUCACUGAUGAAGAUGAGCUAAACGAAAAAACUAACCUCCCCAAAACUCAAUAUUUGAUAAUCGACAUGUCGCCUGUGAUUGAUAUUGACACCAGUGGUAUCCAUGCUUUAGAAGACUUAAAUAAGAGUCUGCAGAAGAGAGAAAUACGGCUUCUUUUAGCAAAUCCAGGUCCUGUUGUUAUGACCAAACUCUACGAUGCCAAGUUUGUAGAUGUCGUUGGACAAGACAAUAUAUUUCUAACGGUUGGAGAUGCAGUUCGAGCAUGCAAUCGAAAGAUCACACUAGAAGAAGCUUGACAGCUGAGUUGAUUAUCCUUCAGGAAUACUUCAACUCUGACUGUGUUUACCCAAAGAGAGUGUUUUGUUCUGACCCUUGAUGUUUUGUUUUAAAACAUCUCCAUUGUAAACUAUGUUUAGUUGGAAAGAUAUAUAAGAGGUGCAAGCUUCUUUGAUUAUCUUUUGAAAAGUAUCCAAUUAACCUUUGUAAUUAUUCUUUGACAUCUUUCCAAUUUUUCCCCUUCAUCCUAGUUUGUAUUUUGUUGGAUGAAGCUUCAAAUUUAAUGCUAACUUUUGAUCCUUCCUUUUAUUGA